CCAUAGAAGAAGAAGAAGAAAUCAUAUGGCGGGAAUCUGGAUGUUUUGGUGUUGUAAACAUUCAGUACGCACAGCUUCUCGUUUUGGGUUUUUAUCAAAUAGUUUGCAAGAAUAACUUUAAAUACCAAGGUAAAAUGGUUGAAGGUCCAGGAUGCACAUUGAAUGGAGAAAAGAUCCGCUCGAGGGUCAAAAGAGGACAGAAAGUGAAAGAAUUCAGGGGAAGCUUGACGACAAACACACAAGUAAGUUGCUAACGUUCGCUAGCUAGCUACCUCUUGUUGUAACUUGCUAACGUUAGGAAAUUGUAACGAACGUUAUUUUUUGCAGAGGAAUGCCACCAAUACGAUCUCCUUCCAGAUUUUCAUGGGCUGUCAAUACACAGGAGUUGAGACCCUUGGAAAGGAACUCUUCAUGUACUUUGGCCAAAGAGCUCUGAGGUAACUAGCAGUUAUUAUGUGGUUGACGUUAUUUUAUUGAUAUGAAUCAAUGGAUUAAAUUAAUGUAUUAAAUGUCUAACGUACCACUGCAUUUCUGAACUGUUUACAUUUGUCAUUAUCUAUCUUCUAAUGGCAGAGUCCACUUUGGUAUGGAUGGCUCUAUGCGAAUCAACCACACUGACAGGAAAAGCAGAAAGGGAUCACCCCCUGUACUGGAGAUCCACCUGACCAAUGACACAGUCUCCUUCUUUGACUCUACUGUGGAAAUCAGGUACGGGGAUAAACUAGAGGCUAAUUCACACUGGGCUGGAACAAAAGCCUGCACUUGUAGGUGCCAAUCCCUGUUGUGAAGCACUACACAUUUGCUCCUGGCAUCAACCCAUAUAGUUCCAAUUGUGCCUUUGAUUGUCAUCAUUCUAACAUUAAAUUGGGUCCUCUACACACACACACAUGUGAUUACAGACCAGAUGUGUGACCAAGUCACUAUUAUUCGGGUCAUCAGCAAGUCUCAAGUCAAAAGGUCAGAGUCUCAAGUUGAGUCCCAAGUAGAACGGGUCAAGACUCGAGUCAAGUCCAAGUCGUGCAUUCUAAGAGCAAGUCGAGUUGAGCCACACGUUUUCAAGUCAAGUCUCAAGUGAAGUAAAAAAAAAAAAUCUAUACAUGUCUAUUUAUUGAGGCUACCAGAAAGAGUGUAGAUGUAUUUACAGGUCUAGGUGAUCCAAUGGUAAAAGUGCCAUAUCAUGCAAAAUAUAAAAUCAGAUUUAUCAAAUAUACAUGGGCAAUAGCCCAAAAGAAAUAGCCUCUGUAUCAUGCUUAACCUGUCCUAUCUGAACUAACAGGAGCUCAAACAGGUAGGCCUACAUAAUAUAAGCACUUGGCCCCAGGACCAUACAUUUACCCAAUUGACAAUUACAACCAAUAAACUAAUUCUACAAUGUAAAAGCGAUUUCCACAUCCAUUGUUACAUUGGUACUUUUGUCUUAAUCAGACUUAAUUAUUAUUAAUGAUAUUUCAACACCAUGCAUACAUGGAACAAUCAUUUUGUCUUAUACAACGUUCUGACUCCAAAGCGUAAGUAAAUUAUGAAUUUCAAGCAACUGUUACAUACCAAAAGACCAGUAGGCCUAUGCUAGUAAUUGUUGCCCCAUUGCUGGUGAGCUUGCAAAGUAAACAUAUUUAUUUAUUAUGGCAAUCCUCUCCCUACAAUUUGACAUUUGGGCUGUACCCGAUUCGUCUAUAUCUGUAAAGCAAAUCAGCAAUCUGUUCACUAGCUCAACCGACCUGUGUUUACUGGUCCGAUCAGAGUGCCGAGUGUGCGUUUUGCUAGCCAAUUUGUUGCAGGGUUUUUUGCAAGGGCGAUGCAGUGGCUACUCUCUGGCUGCAUGUAGAGUAAUCCAUGUAGACUCUGUGCCACAAAAUGAGUGACAAAACCUGGCCAGAUAAUUACAAGUCAUUGGUCUCAAGUCAAAGUCCAGUCCCAAGUCUUGAGGGUCCAAGUCAAGUCUCAAGUAAUUUUAUUUCAUAUCAAGUCAAGUCUUCAAAUUUGUGACUCGAAUCAGAGUCAAGUCAUGUGACUUAAGUCCACAACUCUGUUGCAGACUGAUGGAAGACUGUGAACAGAGAGUGAGAGCUAUGGAGAGUCUGGAUGUCUGCUCCGCUAAGUUCAGCUUCUCCCACGCGGAGGAGACGGUGAGGAGGCAGAGCUGCAGGAUGCUGUGUGAUGUACUCCUAGACCAGGCCGUCCUACCAGGAGUGGGAAACAUUAUUAAGAACGAAGCCCUGUUUGACUCCGGUCUUCACCCUUCUGUUAAGGUGGGUAAAGCUGAUGCACCAUUUUAGAUACCUAUACAUUAUGAGCAAGCUCCAGUCAUGUUUUGGAUUGCCUCUAGGCUAUUUAGCAUGCAUUACAAAUUACAUGGAAUCCAUUCAGUAAGUGACUUUGGAUUAAUUUAUUCAGCACUGUUGUGACUGAGUAGUGUAUUUCAUUGCUAUAAUUUGCUAAAUGGUUAAGAUUUCAAAAUGCUAAUUAGAAUGGAACGAAGUCAAUGGCAUGCAUACAAUUUUCCAAAUUGUGAUUGCUAUCUUUCAGGUCAAACAACUCACGGAUACCCAGGUCCACCAUCUUGUGAAAAUGACACGAGAUUUCACCCUUCUAUUUUACAAGGUAGGCUACACUUAGCAAUGCAAUGAAAGAGAUAUCCUAUGUGCUAAAUGACCUCUUAAUUUAAUAAAAACGCUUUACAGUAGUAUAAAGACCAUGUAUUCAUCAGCCAUGUCCUUUUCUUUCACUUCUGUUUUAUCUCAGUGCCGUAAGAUAGGCUCCGCUCUCAACAAACACUACAAAGUCUACAAACGGCCUCAGUGUGGUCAGUGCAACGGGGCCAUCACCGUCUGUCGCCUCGGAGACAACGGAAGGAUGACGUACUUCUGCAACCGCUGCCAGACUGGUGACCCAAGCGAGGUUAAUGUGAGGUAAAGUCACAGGAUCUGAAUUUAAGCUGAAUUAAAAUAGAAAUUAGUUGGGAUAAAAGCCUUGGAUCCCGACACUUCAGGAUUUUCCUCACAUGGGCUGACUUACAAUUAACAUCGGUUCUGAUCAUUGGCCACCCACGGUACUCGUAAACGUUGCUUGAAUCACGCUGCAUAAUAGCAGGUCAGCUGGCAAGAAAUCCAGGAUUCACCGGGGUAAACAGGUAUAAAUGACGGAACUUGUUAGUUAAAAAAAUAUAUAUACAGCUCUGGAAUAAAAUUAAGAGACCACUGCAAAAUUAUCAGUUUCUCUGGUUUUACUAUUUAUAGGUAUGUGUUUGGGUAAAAAUAACAUUUUUGUUUAAUUCUAUAAACUACUGACAAAAUUUCUCCCAAAUUCCAAAUAAAAAUAUUGUCAUUUAGAGCAUUUAUUUGCAGAAAAUGACAACUGGUCAAAAUAACAAAAACGAUGCAGUUGUCAGACCUCGAAUAAUGCAAAGAAAAUAAGUUCAUGUUCAUUUUUAAACACAAUACUAAUGUUUUAACUCAGGAAGAGUUCAGAAAUCAAUAUUUGGUGGAAUAACCCUGAUUUUCAAUCACAGCUUUCAUGCGUCUUGGCAUGCUCUCCACCAGUCUUUCACAUUGAUGUUGGGUGACUUUAUGCCACUCCUGGCGCAAAGAUUCAAGCAGCUCGGCUUUGUUUGAUGGCUUGUGACCAUCCAUCUUCCUCUUGAUCACAUUCCAGAAUUUUUCAAUGGGGUUCAGGUCUGGAGAUUGGGCUGGCCAUGACAGGGUCUUAAUCUGGUGGUCCUCCAUCCACAGCUUGAUUGACCUGGCUGUGUGGCAUGGUGCAUUGUCCUGCUGGAAAAACCAAUCCUCAGAGUUGGGGAACAAUGUCAGAGCAAAAGGAAAAGGAAGCAAGUUUUCUUCCAGGACAACCUUGUAUGUGGCUUGAUUCAUGCGUCCUUCACAAAGACAAAUCUGCCCGAUUCCAGCCUUGCUGAAGCACCCCCAGAUCAUCACCAAUCCUCCACCAAAUUUCACAGUGGGUGCGAGACACUGUGGCUUGUAAGCCUAUCCAGGUCUCCGUCUAACCAUUAGACGACCAGGUGUUGGGCAAAGCUGAAAAUUGGACUCAUCAGAGAAGAUGACCUUACUCCAGUCCUCUACGGUCCAAUCCUUAUGGUCUUUUGCAAACCUCAGCCUGGCUCUUCUUUGAUUCUCAUUGAUGAAGGGCUUUUUUCUAGCUUUGCACGACUUCAGCCCUGCCCCUAGGAGCCUGUUUCGAACCGUCCUCUCCGUGCACUUCACCCCAGCUGCCGUUUGCCAUUCUUUUUGUAGGUCACUUGAUGUCAUCCUACGGUUGUUGAGUGUCAUUCGAAUGAGUUGGCGGUCAUCCCGGUCAGUAGAGAGUUGUUUUCGCCCUCUGCUGGUCUGUAGCUUUGUUGUCCCCAAUGUCUGCUGCUUGACCUUGUUCUUAUGAACCGCCGUCUUUUACAUUUUAAGGAUGGAAGCAACCUGACGCUCACUGUAUCCCUCUGCCAGUAAAGUCAGAAUUGAACCCUUCUUUUCCUCACUCAAAACUUUCCUUUUCAACUCUUUGGCAUGGUCAAUAGUUAUUUUUUGAUUCAUAUUACUUUUGAGGUACUAUUGGCACUGUUUUUGCCAUCCAGCUGGUCCUAUUGCAAGAGGAUAGUGAUGACCACAGCAGUGGUUUUUAUACUUUUCGUCGUUAAAUAAGAUUUUGUUCAGGUGAUCACCUAAUCAGUACCUAAUUCAGUAGAAUGAGGUGUGCCUGUGUUGGAAUUCAACAGACACUGGAAUGGAAUGGCUGUCAUACAUGUAGAGAUGCUGAUUUAAGAAGAAAUUGCAGUGGUCUCUUCAUUUUUUCCACAGCUGUAUAUAUAUUUUCUUUUUAUUGAAGGCAUUAUGCAUCUUGUAGGUGAAUUUGCAUAUAUGUAAUAUAAUCUGAAUGUAAAAGGUACUGGUGAACAAGAAUGAACCUUGUCUUCCUUAUACUUCCUCUUCUUUAGCAAGCUCCCGACCAGGAACACUUUAGUUGGCUGGGCUUACCAAAGCAGCAUGAGUAGCAACGAUCACAUGGCCAAGAGGGAGGAAGAGGAGUGGGCCUGUCAACUCUGCACUCUGAUCAACCAGCCUAUGAGCAAGGCCUGUGACGCCUGCCUGACCCCUAGGCCUGAGCGUGAGUAGUCAACUACUCUUAUAUGGACCAAUGUGGUUGUGUCAAACCAAUUCUAAUCACAUUUAGGUCUGGUUUCAUAUACCCAUGACUCAGCAGUACAUUGUAUUCAGUUAUGACAAUGUGUCUGUGCAGGUUUCCUUGACCCAGAAUGAGCCUCCUCCUGGACUAAUAUAGCAUUCUCAAUGUUGAAUCUCAAUUUAGUUACUUAAUCCAGCUCUAAACUCACAAAACUAUAGAAUGUGAAUAGAUUGAGGCUGUUUAAUAAAAUAGACAGUUUUCCCACUGUCCUCGUCCCCUCCACAGUCCCCAAAGUCGAUGUCAGCCCCGAGAGCUCGCCCUUCACCAGAGAUCUGAUCAAGUACCCCUGCAAUGCCUUUUCCAAACCACAAGAGGGCCUGAAAGUCAACCGCAGGGCAGCAUUCGGGAACACCACCCUGAUGUUCACCGACCUCAGCCCGAAGGCGAGCCCCGUCAACUCUCCCCUUCCCCUAUCCUCCGCUAACAGUCAGUUAAAUUCCACAGCAAGAGGUUUAAAUAAACACAUCUGCCAGGGAAAAAGAAGUAGUCCCAAUUACGCCUCUGGUGGCUGGCAGGACAAAAGUAGGGAGCUCUCCAAAGGGGAAUCAACGAUGGUCUCCUACAGUCAGCCGCACAAGAAAAUGAGAAUUGAUCAUGGUCCCUUUUCCGGCAGUAACGAACCUCAAAACGGAACCCACCCUAAUUUGAGGUGAGUGAAUGGGGUGCUUUGGUAUUCGUAAGUAAAACAUUAUAACGAGGUAGUUUGUGACUUUUGUGUGGGUAACUGGGAUGGAAAAGUAUCCUGCUCUCUGUACUUUACAGAAUAGUUGAUUAAUGAACAUACUGUACGUGUUGCUCUGCUCAAUGAGCCCAGAAUGUAGGUCAGGGUGCUAAAUAAAAUGUUCACUACAACUGUUAAUAUACUGUAUUUUGAUUGAAAGAAGUUGAAUACUAACAAAUACAUGCGGAAUGGUUUAAAAUUCAAAGAUGUUAUCAAGUGUAGAGAUAAUUAAACAUACUCCAGUUCAAUUAACAGCUGAUCAUUUGACAGCGAAUUUCAUACCAAUUAUCUAACAGUAAUCAUUUUCUCCGCCUGUCAGCCCCCCUCAAAACAAAGCGCCAACUGGGGGUACACAGACCCAGUCCCCUCCCAGCAACCCUUGCUGUGUGUCCCAUGGGAGGCCCAGUGUGCUCCGAGUGGUUACCAAGCAGGGAGACAACAAAGGAAGACAGUUCUACACCUGCUCGCUCCCAAGGGAGACACAAUGCAAAUUCUUUGAGGUAAGAAUUAUGGGGGAAUUGGUCUACAUGUCCGUUAGUAGGUAGAUAUUGUGGCUGUGUUUGUUCGAACAUAAAGAAGUACAUUUUGAAGACAUUGCUAGUUUGUGGAAUAUGUAUUUUCCUCCUGAUUCACAGACAUAGAAGACUAUUAGACUGACCAGGAAAAACUGGUGCCUCAGAAUGACCGUAUUCUCACUUAUUUCCUUAGUGGGCUGAUACACACUUUCCAUUCUGUAACCAUGCAAAACGCUGCCUGAUGAGGACUGUACUCAAACUAGGACCAAACAACGGCCGCAACUUUUACGUAUGCAGUUUCCCAAAGGGCAAGCAGUGUGAUUUCUUCCAGUGGGCAGAAAAUGGUCCAGGAAUCUCCAUCCUUCCUGGUUGCUGA